AUGGCGGGUUCAUCGUCACACUCUUCGAACAAAACCCAUCUUCAAGAUCCAAAUCCACCUCCAUUUUCUUCUUCAAUGCCCGCCAAACCCCCAAAAAUUCCUGAAAUUUUCAAGAAAACCACCAUAAUCAACAAGCUUUGGGAGCUCAUUUACCUUUUAGUUAUCGGCAUUGCUAUUUGUUAUGGAUUAUUUAGCAGAAAAAUGAAUAGUGUUCAUAGUUCCGAUGAAUCGGAUGGUGCAAAAGAAACAUAUUUGUCUGAGAUUUCACAUAUUUCAUCGAUUUUCGAAGAUGGGGUUAAGAGUCCAUACGUGUUUGAAGAGAGAGAUUCUGAAUUUGGAAAUGGGUUUCGUAAAUCUGAUAGGAAGAAGCUAAAUCAGAGUUUUAUAGGGGAAUCCAUGGUUGUUAUUGAUGACAAAAACUUUGUUCUUGAGCAAUUAAGUAAACGCAGAACAAUCAAACAAAAUCUUGGUUCUAAAAGUUUGGAUUCUGCUGCUGUGAAAUCAGUACUUCAAGAUUCUUCUUCAACUUUUGGGGAUGAAAUAAAAAAGGGAAAGUUUAGGGGUUUGGUUCCAAUCAAGUUAGAGGAGAAGUUCAGAGAAACUGUUUCUGAUUCCAAUUCAGAUUUUGAUUCCAACUCUCAAAUUCCAUUGAAUUGGCGUUCAAAAUCAAUGAGAUCGGAGAAAAUACCAGAUGAAACUUCGCAUUUUACAAAACCUUCUGUUGGGAUUCUUGACUUAAGAUCACAAUCAAUGAGAGUUUCCACGCCAACCCAGAUGAAGAAUUCUGCAGAUAACAAAGAAUCGAAAGGUGAAACAUCAUUCGCGGAAUCUAAACCUCGAGAAUUUAGCUUUGAUUCUUCUUCUGAGAUGAAAAAUCUUUCAGAUUCUAAAGAAAUCCAGAAAGAUACUAUAAAAGAUUCUUCAAAUUCGAUUCAAAAACCUCCCCCUGUUGCCAAUACUUACAAAAGGGGUAAAUCCGUUAGAACUAAGAGACCUAACGAACAAGCUUUCAAAGCAAAAACCGAAACUAUUCCAAAUCAAACUGUUACUGAAAUUGAAACGGGAUCAAAUUUGGGAAACAAUGCAACGAAUGUGAAUCUUGAUGACUACUUGAGUGACCAUGAACCGCAUUCUGGUGAGGUUGAUAGGAAAGCCGAUGAAUUUAUUGCCAAGUUUAGAGAGCAGAUUAGGCUUCAGCAAGUGGCCUCAGCUAGAAGAUUAAAUCUUAUCUGA